GUGAAUGACAAUCUAGAGUGCGCUUCUCCCGGCAGAAACCAUGUCGAAAGACGAAACGACGAGUUGCAAGACCAUCCUUGCAGGAACCUUGGCCAAAGGACUCCUUGCAGAGGUCCAGGCAGGCCUCAGCAAACUUGGUCGCAAACCACACCUGCUCGGAAUACUUGCCAAUGCCGACCCUGCCGCCAAAGUGUAUGCAGACUGGACUGAGAAGACGUGCAUCGAUAAUGGCUUCGCAUACACGCUCAAGUCGGUGGCGAAGGAUGACGUCGAGGAGACCAUCAUGGCGGCCAACAACGACGAUGCCGUCGACGGGAUCAUCGUGUACUACCCGAUCUUCAACAACCGGCAGGACCAGUACCUGCAGCAGAUCGUCGACGUGUCCAAGGACGUCGAGGGUCUAAGCCACCAGUACAUCUUCAACAUGUACCAGAACAUCCGGUUCCUCGACGACUCGCAGGCCGUCAAGUCGGUGCUGCCGUGCACGCCGCUCGCCGUGAUCAAGAUCUUGGAGUCGCUGCACAUCUACAACACCAUCCUUCCCUACGGCAACAGGCUGUUCGGGCGGACCGUCUGCGUCGUCAACCGGUCCGAGGUCGUCGGGCGCCCUCUGGCGGCACUGCUCGCCAACGACGGCGCGAGCGUCUACAGCGUCGACGUCACUGGCGUGCAGCUCUUCACCCGCGGCGAGGGGAUCCGGAAACGCAAGCACGAGGUUCACGAGAAGGAAGGUUGGACGUUGGAAAAGUGCGUGCCGCUCUGCGACGUCGUCAUCACCGGCGUGCCCGGUGACAAAUUCAAAUUGCCGUGCCACUUGCUCAAGGAAGGUGCCGUGUGUAUCAAUUUUUCAAGUGAGAAGAAUUUUCCCAUCGAGGUCAAGCAAAAGGCGUCGAUUUACGUGCCGGCAAUUGGAAAAGUGACGAUUGUCGUACUGCUCAGAAACCUGUUACGGAUCGUACAAAACAAGCAGGCCCAGUUGGCCAAGGGUCACGCUACUACCACGACGGACGCCACGCAGACAGAAGGGGGUGUUGAGAAGGCAACAACAUGAUACCGAACAAGGACGAAAGUCCCUCCGCUUAGACGACAUGCGACAUUUCCGCGUGAUGACGAUCGCCACGCCACGUCUCCCUCUCUAAUCAUAAGAACAUGGUCUAACAGAAAAGCGUUCGAACGGAGCACGGGAUUGCUCACUGGCUUCAUGCGGGUCCAGAACGAAUCUCUAGGAAGCCAUACCAACUUCAGCGGUAUUUUACCCUCUUGUGAUCAAUGGUAGAGACCUCAGCAGCAAGUCCACGACUUUGUAAGCAUCGCGGGAGUGCCUGGAGGAAGGUUAGACAUAAGCGUGCUUUUCGGAACCUCAAGUCGAUAGAAUUCAAGGCAUGGAUGGCUACUAGAGGC